AUGAAGACCCCGAUUCUUCAGGUCAUACUUGGCACGGCUGCCGUAUUCAUCGCUGGAUGCGACGCCACUUCUCACCAUCGUCGGAUGCACCAGGCGCAUCAGCGUUUGGCUCAACCUCACGGCCAUGUUCACUCGCGAGCCGAGUCCAACGUCCUAGUCAAGCGAGGAACUUGCGCCUUUCCUACCGAUGACCCCAACCUCGUUGCUGUCACUCCUGAUCAGAAGAAUGCCGGAUGGGCUAUGAGCCCUGAUCAAGAGUGUAAGCCAGGCAACUACUGCCCUAUUGCUUGCAAGCCUGGUAUGGUAAUGAAUCAAUGGGAUCCGGAUUCGACGUAUACUUAUCCUGCCUCUAUGAAUGGUGGAUUGUAUUGCGACAAGAACGGCAACGUCAAGAAGCCCUUCCCCGACAAGCCCAACUGUGUUGAAGGAACGGGGUCUGUCAAGGCCAUCAACAAGUGCAAAAGUCACAUGUCCUGGUGUCAGACUGUUCUACCUGGUAAUGAGGCCAUGUUGAUUCCUACGCUUGUCAAUUCUGAAGCUACUAUCGCUGUUCCUGGCUCCUCGUACUGGCAGAGCACUGCCGCUCACUUUUACAUUAACCCCCCUGGUACUGGUACCGACGGGUGCAUUUGGGGCACUGAAGACAAGCCAAUUGGUAACUGGAGUCCCUACGUUGCUGGCGCCAACACCGACAGCAACGGCCAAACUUUUGUCAAGGUUGGAUGGAACCCUAUCUGGGAAUCAUCCUCCCUCAAGGGGACCAAGCCUGGAUUCGGCGUAAAGAUCGAAUGCCCUGACGGUGGCUGUUCUGGCCUGCCCUGCCAGAUCGAUCCGUCCGCUGCCGAGGGCAGUGUUGCCAGCAAAAAUGCCGCUGUCGGUGCCGGUGGUUCUGCUUUCUGUGUGGUCACUGUUGCCAAGGGCAGCUCUGCCCAUAUUGUGGCCUUCGAUGCAUCUGGCGGUAAUAAGGAAACACCCAAGGAAUCUUCGUCUGCUCCUCCUCCUCCUCCGCCAUCCACGUCCCAGCAGCCUACGACGAGCCAGAUCCCUACGACGACGUCUACGCUCCCUAAGCCAACCACCACCAGCGUCGCGCCGACUACCACCUCUCAGCCUACCACGACACUAGUCCCAACUUCGUCCUCAACAUUGACGCCCUCUUCGUCAUCAACAACAACAACAACAACAACAACAUCAUCAUCAUCAUCAACAACAUCACCACCAACAACAACAACAACAACAACAACGUCGUCAUCCUCAUCGUCAACAACAUCAUAUGCUCUUCCUACUUUGAUCCCUGGCAUAUUCCAUGAAAACGGUACUUCUUCGAGCAACACCACAACCACAUUCGUGUCGUCCACAGCCCCCACGACCUUCAUAGCCGAGACUACAGUCCCCAACGCCCCCAAGCCUACCGAAAAGAAAGGAGAAGCUGGCCGUCAGCAAGGCAGUGCCGCAGUGGCUGGCCUCGUCGUGGCCCUCGUCGCAGCCGCUUGCUUGUUCUAG